AAUCUGUCUCAAAUUCGUUUGACACUACCAUAAAAUGUACUAGUUAUAUAGUACCAUCCAGGUAUAAAAUCAAAGAUUUAGCCACUCAUGACUCACGUUAAGGUUGUACUAUACGGGUAUAAUAAGAGCCAUCACCCGGUUCUAUGGGGACAUUGACGCCCGAGUUGUUGAAUCUUCACAGACCUCAAAGUUGCAGGAAAGUUCAUCAAUGGAGUGAAGGCAGAAAAUCACCUGAUGGUAAAAAAAGAAACAGGAAAGUUAGUUGACUCAGCUUGGUAUCGUAUAUAAUCUUGACUAGGUAGCUCGCUUGGAGGAAAUUAGAGAAACUCCAUUUCUUUUUUCUCAAAACUACCUUGCCGCAUCUCAAGUAAAAUGGUGAAGAUUGAAAGAAAUUUUGUCACUGUUCUUAGCAUCGACGGUGGUGGCAUUCGAGGGAUUAUUCCAGCUGUUAUCCUCGCUUACCUCGAAUCCCAAUUUCAAGAGUUGGAUGGAGAAGAUGCAAGACUAGCAGACUACUUCGACGUGAUCUCCGGGACAAGCACCGGCGGCCUUGUGACGGCCAUGUUGACGGCUCCCGACGAGAAUGGGCGCCCCCUUUAUGCAGCUAAAGAUAUUAAGCCUUUCUACCUCAACAACGGUCCCAAAAUUUUCCCACAAAAGGGAGGAUGGUUUGGUAAAAUAUGGCCGUCGAUUAGAUCCGUGUUUGGCCCUAAGUACGAUGGCAAGUACCUACGUAGUCUCCUAAAGGAGCAGUUGAAAGAAAUUCGGUUAAAAGACACUCUUACUAACAUUGUUAUUCCCACUUUUGACAUCAAGAAUCUGCAACCUGUCAUCUUCUCUACUUACCAGGCUAAGAGAUGCCCAAAAAUGAAUGCUUAUUUGUCAGACGUUUGCAUUGGCACUUCAGCCGCUCCCACAUACCUUCCUGCUCAUUAUUUCAAGAUUGAAGAUCCCAAACAUGGAACUGAUGAACCGCCCAGAGAAUAUAAUCUUAUUGACGGUGGCGUAGCUGCAAACAAUCCGGUACAAUGGCUUUGUUUGACAUUGGUAGCCAUAAACCAAGUGACCAAACAGAUUUUGGACAACAACCCAGAUUUCUCCCCCAUGAAGCCCAUAGAUUCCCCCAGUUUUCGUGUGAUAUCUAUAGGGACAGGAGCUGCUAAAAAUGAGCACAAGUAUGAUUCUAAACAGGCAGCCAAAUGGGGUAUUCUCAGCUGGUUAUUUCACAAAAGCUCAACGCCAUUGAUCGAAGUUUUCAUGCAGUCCAGUGCAGAUAUGGUGGAUCUGCAUAACUCCGUCGUCUUCCAGACUCUCGACUCAUCUGAAAAUCGUUAUCUCAGAAUUCAAGAGGACGAAUUGAGUGGAAUAUUAUCUUCUGCGGAUGCAGCCACUAAGGAAAAUUUGGAAAAGCUGGUGGAAAUUGGGGAGAAGCUGCUGAAGAAGUCAGUUUCCAGGGUGAAUUUAGAGACUGGUGUCAGUGAACCAAUUCCACAUUCUGGCACAAAUGAAGAUGCUCUCAAAAGGUUUGCGAAGUUAUUAUCAGAUGAAAAGAGAUUUAGAGAAUCGAAGUCGCCAAUUAUGAAUUACCCAUAAAAGCUCGGCCAAAGUAAUGCAUGCAAUCAACUGAUAAGGCCACUGGAUCCAUGUUGUUUUCUGGCCUUGUAAUCUAGAGGAGAAAUGAAACGAGAAUAAUAUUUUAUUUUUUGAAUACUAUUGAGUCUAUUACAAGGUAUUAAACGAGAAUAAUAUAAUUGACAAUAGAUUGUAAUUAUAUAGUGUAACAUAUUAAUCACUAACAUACAUAGUAUCCUACAACUAACUACCUUGUAAGUAGUGUUUUUGUUCACUAUUUAAUUAAGUGAUAAUUUAAUUAAAUUCAUAUGUUUAAUUUUUUUUAUUCAAUUAAUUAAGUUGUACUUUGUAACUAGAUGUACUCUUUUGUUCUUCAUGACAAAUAAAAAUUGCUUUGAGUAUUCAUUCCA